CAAUUUCUAGACGUAUUCUUCAUUGUCAAUUUCACGUUGAUGGCUUGUAGUGGCGUGCGCACGUGUUUACAAUAGAAUAAACGAUUGAAAUAAAUAAAAUAUAUCAAAAUGGGCAAGAUUAAACAGGAGCCCGUAGAACAGGAAGAGCAGGGAGACGUCAGCAUUAAGAAUGAGCCACAAAGUUACGAUGAGAAGGUAGACCACUGCAGCGUGAUCGCGAAGCCGAUGGCGCCGAAGAAACUCAGCAAAAAGAUCUACAAACUAAUUAAAAAAUCUACUUCACACAAAAACUACAUUAGAAACGGACUUAAAAUCGUGCAAAAGCAACUGCGGCUGGGAGAAAAAGGCCUCGUCUUCUUCGCCGGAGACAUAUCCCCGAUCGAGAUCAUGUGUCACUUACCUGCCGUCUGCGAGGAGAAGGACAUCCCGUACUGCUACACACCAAGCCGCAAAGACAUUGGUGCAGCUAUGGGUACCAUGAGGGGCUGUGUCAUGGUCUUAGUAAAGGAACACGAAGAUUAUAAAGAUUUGUUUGAUGAAGUUAGAGGGGAAAUUAAGCUGUUAGGACAUCCUAUUUAGGUUUUUAAAGACUAUACAUAUAGGGGUUUGUUCUGAUAUGUAUCUCGGUAUACUGGCUAGCGUUUGUGAUGUCAUGAAUUUAAGCCAUCUUAUUGUAUUAGUUAGGCUAAUGUUCAUCGACAACAUUAAUAUCCGUUUUCUUAUAACAAGGGUUUACUUUAUGGAACACUAGCCGUUUUCCCGCAGUUUCACCCACGUCCCGUGGGAGCUACCGCCCGCACUCUGAUAAAAUAUAGCCUAUGUUACUCGCAGAUAAUAUAGCUUUCUAAUGGUGAAAGAAUAUUUAAAAGCUGUCCAGUAGUUUUUGAGUUUAUCCAUUACAACCAAACAAACAAACAAAGUUUUCCCCUUUAUAAUAUUAGUAUACAUAAAAAUGCAUAGUAAAUACUUUGCUUUUUUAUAAACUGAUGUUUAUGAAGUCGGUGAAUUAGGGCCUAAGAGAAGUGUGAUAUUCAUGUUAUGACAUACAUAUGGCUAACAGAAACAUGAUUCUCAAAGAAUUGUUAAUUUAUGAUGUUACUAGCGCUGGUCAGUUUACUGAGAUAGAUUUCAGAACACAGCUAGCUAGGAUAUUUUGUAGUUAAAAAUGUUGUGCUAUGAAAUAUUGGCAAUUUGUAAAUUGUAUGUGUGCCUUAGUUUUCUAUAGUAACUUUGUUGUACAAAAAGAUGUAUUCUAAAAUGGGAUUUUCAUUGUGUACAUAUGUCUCUACCAUCCAUGCAUGCUGAGGCCUUUUUAAGACAAUUUUAAUGAAAUGUAAUACAAUUUUUAGUUGAAUACAUUGGUAGAAUCAAUGUGAUGAGUAUGUAAUUUGUUAAAUACAUUUGUUGAAUGCACAAAAAAUUAUAGUGAGUGUUGUUUUUGGUAUUCAACCUUAUUUUUUUUUAGACAACAUCUUUUUGUAUGUAAAUACCUACCUCAAUGUACAGCAAAAAAAAUAUGUUGGUAUUUGUUUCAAAAAGCCCCAUUAUAGUAGACUAUGCCAAAAGAUGGCUAGCUAACUAGACAAGUUUUCCUAGUAACUGGUGUUAUGUAAAUUAAUUUCAUAGUCAACAUAAACUACAAAAUAUUGUAAUUAUCAUGAGCCUUCCAAUUACUAUAUGAUAAGCUGGAAGUAACUGGUUGACAUCUUUUCUUAUAGUUCUUGCUAGGCUCCUUAUAAAGCCUGAUAAAUACAAUUUAUUUGACACAUAUAAAUAGUAUGAAUUAGGUAUAUUUUUUAAGUUUAGGUUAAGUACAAAAUAUUGGUUUUCAAGGAUUAAUAUUGUGAAAUGGUGUUCUUGUGAACCAAGAUUUUUAAAUAUAGACAUUAUUACUUA